CGCCCCGGUCCUACCCACUUCUCCCGGGCCAGUGCCCGCUUUGCCCGGGAGCCCCGGGGCCUACGCUCUGGGCACGCGGGGGCACCCGGGGCUUUGUCCGCUGCUCGGGGAGGAGGACGCCGCGGUGCGCCCGGGCCGCCGUUCGCUGCACUCCCCCGCGCUGGCCCCGCGGAGGUGGGGACGGGCCUCCGCUGCCGGAGACCUGCCAACCCGCUCGCAGCCCCGGGUGCGGAGAGAGGCGACAGCGGAGCCCCCCGCCCCGCUGCCAGCGGCGCGGGGUGCGUUUGAGCCCGAGGCGAGCACCCCGAAGGGGAGCGGCGAGACGAAACUGCCAAGAUGUGAAAGUGAAGCUUAGCACGAACUGCAAAGAUGCUCUGGAAUCCAACUACCUCAGCCCUGAGACCCUUUCCUUGGAGUCUGCUGGGGCUCGUCAGCCUCCUGCUCAGGAUCGCCUGGGUGCUGCCGGAAUCUUCCGAAAAGGCUUGCACAUUUAAGAUGAACUUGCGUGACUUCCGGCUGAUCUUAUCGUGGGAGUUUAAGGGCCACGAGCUCGCACCCACCCACUACACGCUGUGGUACACCAUCAUGAGCAAAAAGAAGACCAUGACGCUGGUGGAGGACUGUGCGCACAUCACCAGGGCGUUCUGUGACCUCACAGACGUGUGGCGAGUCAUGGGCGAGACCUACAUCCCCAUGGUGUCCCGGUUCCACGGGAACAGGACGCUGGACAGCUGCAUGGGGGACAUCUGGCUGACCACCAACAUGGUUUUGGAAUCACCCAAGUUUGAGAUUGUGGGUUUCACUGACCACCUUAAGGUCACCAUACACAUCCCGCUGGGCGUCUCUGGCAUUGUAGAGGACUUACUGUUCAGCGCGCCCCUGGUCAUCGAGGAGUGGUCGGAGAUGGUUGUGAAGAAGCAUAAGCCCAAAGUAAGUGGGAACAUGACUGGAGAUUUCUCUUACGUCAUCGACAAGUUAAUUCCGAACACGAACCACUGCGUAUCAGUGUAUUUUGGUCACAAAAAUCCAGAUGUAAUACCAGCAAUUAAGUGCACCCUCCUGCCUGCAGAGAAUCCAGAGUCAUCGGUAUAUGGCAAGAUAGGAGUACUUGGUUUUUCAGCUUUAAUGUUGUCUGCCAUCUUCAGCGUGCUGACUAUUAUGAGACGAACGGGUUAUAUUUGUUUAAGUAACGAGUCCCCCAAAGUUUUGAAAUUUAUUAAUAAGUCAGCCUAUGUAUUUCUGGAGCUGUCGCCACUGGAAAAGAUAGAUCUAGUGGAAGUCAUCCUUGUCAACAAAAAGAGAAAAGUGGAGCACAAUAACGUGGAUGAUGAUCACAACGAUGACGAAAGUGACAGCCAGGAUGAGGCAGCCGCUGGGACCAGCCCUGGCGGCUACACCAUGCACGACCUGGGCCGGCUGCUGUCUCUGGCCUCCUCCUCCUCCUCCAGGACCGCGGACGGCCCUGAGUACCGGGGCUCUGAGGAGGCUGACUCAGUGGCGCCUGAGGCUGACAGGGAGCCCCUGGAAGUGGCCGGGCCUGGCCCCCUGCAGAGGGCCAGUGCAGCCUCGGAGGGGAGCCAGGAUCUGCCACCCGGCUCCUUUGCGGAGGAGGACGUCAGCUCCACAGAGGGCUCUGGGGGCAGAAUGCUCUUCAACGUGGACCUGAACUCUGUGUGUGUCAGGAGCCUGGAGGACGAGGAUUCGGGCCAGUCCCUCAUGCUGCAGAUCCCAGGAGGGACCGUGGACCUCGAGGGCCCUGAUGGAACGGACUCGGGCCCGGUGGAGGCCAGCAUAGCAGGAGCAUGGCUGCCCUCCGCUGAGGGCCUGUGGCUGGACACUGCCCCGUCUGAGGAAAGUGACUCUUCGUCGGAGUCAAACUUUAGCUUCGGGGAUGGUUAUAUAGCCCGAUGAUUGCCGCACCCGUGGCCUCAGAGAUGAACAGAUAACCUCCAGGGCUCCCCACAACCCCCUAAACACACACACACACACACACACACACACACACACACACACACACAGAGUCCUGACUCUACUCAGGGUCCCUGGGGAGAGAGACCCUAGAUCUCCUCCUUGGGCCAUGGGGUGGGAAACGGCGCUGUCACAUCUCCCUACUGAUGCAGGGGAUGGAGCAGUGACCGCCCAGCCUCUGACUGGCAGAGGCGGCGACUAGGGUGCCUGCCAGGGUUGCCAAGGGCUGGUCCAGGCCCUUGUAAGAUUUCUGGGAAAUCAUUUCUUCAGGCCUGUGUAGCGACGCCUGAUGGGCUUUCUGGCAGGAACCCUCAGCAGAGUGGUCGGGAAGGAGCAGGAGAAGAGGCGGGAAGACAGCCGGAGCAAUGACCCGAUGAGGGGGGCGGAGAGGUCAUCUUGGUGUUAUUCCGCCACCUCUGCUCUGAAAACAACUCUUCUGCCCUCCUCAGUUCCAGCGGGUGAGAUGGGGCACAUGAACUGACUCUAGGAACUAGCCGUGACAAAAGGAGUCACUUGCUGAGAAACACGGUGCCAUCUUUUAAAGGAAAGAAGGGAAAGGACAAGGAGAGGGGAAGAAAGACAGGAAAAGAAAAAAAGAGGGGCUGGAACCAUGGUACAGUGGGGAGGGCAUCUGCCUUGAAUGCAGCCGACCCCAGUUCCAUCCCCCGCAUCCCACAUGGUCGGCCCAAAUGGUGUAAGGAGUCAUUCCUAAGUGCAUAGCCAGGAGUGACCCCUAAGCAUCGCCGGGUAUGGCCCCAAAACAAACAAACAAAUUUUUUAAAAAAAUAAGAAAAAGGGAAAAAAAAAAAAGGGCUGGAUCCCAUUGUACAGCAGGUAGGGCACUUGCCUUCCACGUGGCUGACCUGGUUCAAUCAACCAGAUGGACUCAGGUUCCAUCGCCUGCAGCCCAUAUGGUCCUCGAGUACCUGAGCACAGAGCCAGGAGGAACCCCUGAGCAGCGCCACCUGUGGCCACCCUCAACAGAAACAACCCAAAAAAAAAAGUUUAUGCAAAAAUAUUUCUGGGUUUGGGAAUAAAUAAGCCAUUAAAAUCUUAGCCCUGCAGCUUAACCCUUGAAGAAGGGCUAUUUGGAGCACUUCCUGUAGAAGGGGGAGAGAGUGCAGGGGAGUUCUAGAAUGCUGUAUAGCAAUCAGUACAAGAGCACACGGGCCAGGGACUGUCUGGCUCCGUUUGCUUUCCCUGCAUUUCCUCUCUGAGCCAGAUUUCUUCCAUUUUUGAAGUAGGGUUGCACUGGAGGAAAUUCAAGAGCCUGCACUGCUCUGAGAAAUAUCAAGAAAUACUCAGGAAUAAAGAUUCCCCUGGCGGUAUGACACUGCACACACACAAGGGGUGUACAGGGGAGAGAUGGAAAUGUACGAAUCCAUCUGUGCUGAGGGUUUCCUCCGGCUCUGCUGAGGGAUCCCUCCUGGGGACCAAUGAUGGGGAUGAAACUGUAGUGGGCUGUGUGCAAGGCCAGCACCUGAACCUCUGUUCUCUCUCUCUCCCUCUCUCUCUCUCUCUCUCAUCUCUCCCUCUCUCUCCCUCUCUCUCUCUCUCUCUCUCUCUCUCUCUCUCUCUCUCUCUCUCUCUCUCUCUCUCUCUCUCUCUCUCUCUCAGAUUAUUUUUAUAGCUGCUCUAAAAGGAGAGAGCGAAGACAGGGGAACCAUCACCUCAACCACGUGGCCAGCACCACAAUUUGUGUUGCUUAAAUCACCUUCAAGUGUGAGCCACCAGCGCUAUGCGCUUGCAUCACACUUUAAUAAUCUAAUAACGUCCGGGGGGGAGGGGGACAAACCAUAGCCACAGGCUAUUUCUGAUCCUUUGGAUGCAUCUAUUUAAGAGAUUUCCAGCACCUCCUGGGAUAGUCUCUUGAUGUUUGCACUUGAUACCUUGUAUACACGUUUUUAAAUAUAUAUAUUUUUUAAUUUUGUAAUUAUCCAAGGGAUGUUGGAAAAAGAGAAUACAAAUAUACUUUUUAAUACAGA